UAAUUAUUUACCACUGUUAACAAACCUUAAUUUUGUUCUCAUUUUCUAUGCAUAAUCAUAGUCUUUGCCCAAACAGGUUUCUCUUGGAAUAUCUUCAUCCCCUGUGAAGAGAAGAUCUCGGCCCUAUGAUGACCUUGAUGAAAUACAUGACAGCCAAUCAAAGUUGAACUAAUAAUCAAAUAUGGAUUCCACAAGAAGAACUAGUAUUGGAAAUUGUGACUGCAGUGUCUACAAGCAUGGUUUCUUCAUAAAAUCACCACCACCUCACCUUUUUAAUAAUCAGGUUUCCUGGAAAAAGAGAUAUUUUAUUCUUUCUCAUUCUGCCCAAAAUGGUUACAUCUUGACCUAUCAUAAAGGCCAGCAAAUAAAGGGCCACAUUGAAAUCAAUGAGGCUUCAAAAAUAGAAAUUGGCAUAGGUGACUUUGAGAAAAUGUCUGUUGUGAAAAAGAUGUUCAAGUGCCAGUCCACUGAAGUGAUGAGUAUCAGUACAGAGAAUAGAAUAUUUUACCUUAUCGGAAGAGAUAGCAAGGAAGUUGAGGAAUGGGCUACCUUCCUGUUUACAUUGUGCUCAGAAAAACAGAAACUGACAGUCAGAAGUCGGUCCAAAUCUGUCCCAGCCUGUCUUGAUGACUUGGAUACUACCUCUACCACCAAAAAGGAUCAGUGUCUUGGCACUAAAUAUGAAGACAUAGCAGCAUCAGCUUAUAAAAAAAGGCCUAACUCAGACCCUAGUUGUCAAGAAAUCCAGAAAGAUUUACAUAUUUAUGAGUCACCAAGAAAACUCCUACAACGCCUGAGGGAACUGACAAAUAUUCCUGUUGAAGGACAGGAAGAAAAAGACAAAGAAGAAUAUUAUGCUUCUCCAACAAGUCUUUUAGCUCAGUUGGAUGAGGUGAUUGAUGGAUUUAAUACUCUGGGAGAAUCUUGCAUCCCAGACAAUGAAAAGCUCAGUAGCACUAAAGAAUACAUGUCCAUGAAAGAUUUGAUUCCAGAAAUGGUGAAAAAUAAAAUAAAGCCAAAAGAUGUCAAUAAGGAAUUAGUGAUCCUUCCCCAAAAUCAGAUGGAUAUACAAGUGGCAGAAAAUAGUGAACACAAACCAAAGCUGUUACCAAGAAUAUUGGGGAAAACACCCAAACUCUUCUUUUUAUCAGUGGUUCAAUUGUCCAUUAUUCUCAGUAAAAUCACAGAUGAUAACCAGUUGGAGCAGGUGGAUAUUCUCCUUCCCCAGAAUAAUCUUAUUUCCUACUUAACACUUGUAAAAGCUUCUGGAUGCAUAUGCAUUUCUCAGUGGAAAGACCCAUAUCGUUUAGGAUGCAUAUUUCAUCAAGGAGAUUAUAUAGUGGCUGUGAAUGACUUGCAAAUCAAAGAUAUGGAUGAAAUCUUUUGGUUCAUAAGUAGAUCCACAAGAAAGGAGGUAAAACUGACAAUAAAUCGAGUCCCAAAUUCAGAGAUUUUGCAUGCUCCAGGAUGCAAGUGUCCAUAAUGGCAUGAAAGAACAGUGUAUAUUGGAUACUUCAACAGAGCUUCAGAAAAGUUUACCUUUUUAUGUUGCAGAUAAACGUUCUUGUAAGAGGUUCUUGUAAUAAAAUUAAGGUUAAAAGAUCUCCAUGUAUUAUUAAUUAUAUUCUAAAAAUCUGGAAUUAUUUUAAUUUAUAAUGAUCUUUAGGUAAAUUGUGCCUAAGACUGCUGCCCAAACGGUCAUUAUAUACAGUAUGUCAUGUGUCUCCAGUGUUGAAAUGAAAUAUGAUGGUUCUUGGCAUUUGAAUUGGUUUUGUGUUGAUCAAAAGAUAAGAAUAAGAUCAAGUAUGCUUGAUAUGGUAUAGGAUUAAUUCAUGGUUUAAAAACUGAACUGUAACCAUGUGUACAGAUAUAAUAUCAGUUUUAUAUCAGAGAAACAUAUGCAAGGUUAAUUCUACAGUGUAUGUUGUACAAUGGCUUUCCCUUAUUUUUACUGUUUACUUUCUUCUAGAAUUAAAAGUUUUGUUCUCACAUGUCAUUAUUUAUACCGUUUAUAAACACAAUAAAAUUUAUUUUUAAAAAGAAAUAUAAA